CCUCCUGGGAACGUGCCGAUCACGUGACUAUUGUUGUUGUUGGGAACGAGAGGUCGGUUCGGCAGUCCAAGAUGGCGGCGCUCAUUCCAAAACUGACGUUGUUGUAAUCAAAACGUAACGUCAUCUCCAUUCACGAAACUUUCCGCAACUCAACCCCACAAACCCGCUCGCGACCGAGAACGCGUUUGUGUAAAAUUUCAGUCUGGACGGCCCAGAAGGGGAAACUAUGCCGUGUGAGACGCGCAGCGAAGGCGGGGAAUCUGGAGCCGAACCGCCGGCGGCUGACUCUCCCCCCUGCCCGGAAAGAGCAGACCCGGACGCCGAGGCUCUAGUCGUCCCCGACCCGGCAGUGCUUCGCGAGAGGUACCCGCUCCACUACAGCGUCUUCCAGGGCGACAUCAAGAGGGUCUCCGCGCUCCUCAGGACCUGCGAUGUGACCGAACAAGACGUACACGGAAACACAGCUCUGCAUCUGGCUGUCAUGCUGGGGAAGAAAGAGUGUGUGCACCUGCUGUUGGCCCAUGGUGCACCUGUGCGGGUGAAGAACGCAGCAGGGUGGAACCCGCUGGCAGAAGCCAUCAGUUAUGGAGACAGGCAAACCAUCACCUCCCUGCUGAGGAAACUAAAGCAACAGUCCAGGGAAACUCUGGAGGAGAAAAGGCCAGAGCUUCUACAGGCACUUAAGGAGUGCCCCUGGUGUCCAGAAUACUGCCCUCAGACACAUGCAGAAUAUACAAGAGUGGCGUUUGCAUAA